AAGUCCGGAGCUCUCUCCUUCCCUCUCCCUCCACUUUCAUCAGUUCCCCUCACUCAUAUCAUCUCCCGGCGUAAUUACAAAUACAUUACCAUUGACUGAGCUCCGAUCGUCCUUCGCUAUUCUUUGGAUUUCCGGCGAUCAGAGUAGCUCCGAUUGCGAUACGGUGGAGUUGUCAGAAGCUAUAGAGAGAGAGAUUGUGGUGCUUGAUUGGGAGGUUUUAGCCGGUAGGAAGACGGCAUGGAAAGCUUCGUGAAGGCGACGAAGAAGAAGAUGAAGAGGAAAGACCUCGAUCAGGUCAGCGACGACUUCUCCGACUUCUCCCUCUCCUCUCCCGCCCGCAAGAUCCGCCGCCUGGACGCAGAGCUGCCUCCCAUAAUGGAAGACGAGGAGCCUGGGAAUUUUAUGUCCUUCGAGCAGCCAAGUCCCACGCUUCAGGGAGCUCGCGCGAGUCCGAUAAUUGAGGAACUGCCGCCUUCCUCGGCUCCGGUUAACGAAGAGAGGGCUAUUGUGCUGUUCAAGCCCGUGAACAGCCCCAUACUCCAGCACCAGUCCUCUUCCACUCUGUCCGUUUCCGUGGAUCCUGAUUUGAUCUCUGAAUUCAAGAAUCGCAAACUCUGGGCAAGCCUUUCCGGAAAUGCAAAAUCAUCUGAGGAUGAUGCAAAAGCUGCAGAUAAGAGUAGCAACAAAUGCAUGGCGGUCGUGCCGUGGUAUCCUGCUCAGUUUACACCCAUACCAGAGCCUCAAGUCGAGGCCGCAGAAGAAAUGGAGGCAGAAGAAAUGGGUGAAGCCACAAUGGAGAUCGAAGACAGUAGCACAGCUGCACCUGUCGAAGAGUUACCCAGCCCAUACGGGGAGAUGAGAGGAGGUGAUGCGUCGAGCUUACCCCAGUGGCAACACUGCAUGACUCCUCAAUUUCCUCCCACCACUACUUCUUCUCCCAUUGUAUGGUUCCGCUAGUUAGACCCUGAGUAGUAAAGUAUUAAUCGUGGGCUAUAGAUCUCGUGCUGGGACGAACCUACGCACGCCGAGGCCCUUGCUUCCCACAGUGUGGUACGCUUCAAUUUUUUUGUUGUAGGUUUAGCUGAUGUAGUUUCGGGUGCGAGAAGUGGAAAGUUCCUUUUUGCACAAAGGGUUUCUGGGGGUUUAGAUAUUAUUCAAAGUUCUGAACGCGGCUGCUGCGCAAAUUCCGUGUGUCUAUUUCCCGGCAGAUGCUUCGGUGGAUCUUGUCUUGUUAAUUGAUUAUGAUUCUGGAGUAAUUGUCAAGAAAGAACUUCCAUUCUGGUCAGAA